AAUGGAAAUGCCAGUGCAACUCCAGCCACGACGAAGCAUGGACCCCCUUCAGAGACAGUUGAGCAAUGUUUCGCUCUCAGCUGAUGAAGAUUUCCUCUCCAGUUUACGAGAUGAAGAUGUACCUAAGCUUCUUUUCCUCUCAAUUGACCCGAACAGAACCCAGAGGAUUACAGCCUUUCCUGGAGCGAAUGACACCUUCGGGGCAUCUCCGGGCAUGGGGGACAUUUUUACUGAUUCUGAAGCUCCGCCGAACAUAAGAUUACUUGAGAAAUUCAAGAGGUGUUUGGCUGAGAGAAGGAUCACGCCUUUGAGACGCGAGUUUCAGUGCCGUCUGCUGUCCCUCUCCUGCGUGAAGCCAGUCUCGAACUCCCUCAGUACCCUCGAGAGUAACUUCUCCGACGAGAAUAAUGAGCUUAACGACGGCGAGGAGGACAUCUUACGAUUCACUGAGCUCCUUGAGAUGUUCCGUUUGCCAGUGCCGAAGGACAUCAGAGAUAUCUUUGAUAACAUUAUCUCGUCCAAGAAAAUUCCUUUGACGAUGAAUCCCGAGAAGAGUGAGGAGCGUACGUUCUUCGUGGAGGCGGGGAGCAAGGUCAUGGUGGAAAUAGGCGAUAGUCUCUCGCCUUCGGAUGUGUUCCACCUCUACGGGAUUCUGUCCGGCACGGCUAGAGGCGACGAGAAGGCAAAGGAACUCUUGUCCCCGGAGCUAGAGCAGGGUUCCCUCGAGAAAGUGCGGGGAUUGAAGGACGUGGCGUUCUAUUAUCUCGUCCUUGAGAUGCUAAGGAAGGAAAUGAUGAACCACCUGUACACGCAUAAACUUCACUUUCUGUUUAACCAGCUGAAGGAGAUGAAGUACGGAGAGGGAGCCAUAGACCCACAUAUCGACGGCAUUCUGAACACCCUCGGUCGAUACCCUAUUACCUCGAGGCCCCCGGGUCUGUGCCUCGUGUUUAUCAUGACGGAAGGCCGAAUCGGGGCGUCGCAGGAUCUCGCGAAGGUCAGGGCCUUAUUUGAGAAGCAGUACAAGUACGCCUUCUUCGUGAAAAAUGAUCCCACGGCGGAGGAGAUCAAAUCAAUCAUCUCCAAACUGAAGGCAGGCAGAUAUAAAUUCUACGACAGCCUGGUGGUGUGGUUCAUGGGUCACGGAGAUAAGACCUACCUGUACGUGAAGGAGGGACGCAUCCACCGCCGCCUGGACCUGAUCGAACCGUUCACAGAGAUCAAGUGGUACAUCAAGAAACCCAAGCUCUUCUUCAUCCAAGCUUGUGCUAUCAAGAAGAACCGCAGGAGAUUCUCUUCUACUUCUCAAGUAAAGGCCCUCCAUGCUAGUACAGACUCCCUCUCGGUUACGUGGCGGGCGUCCGCUGGCUCUGAAUGGCAAGACAAGUAUGCAGACUACACAGACAUGUCUAUGGUUAACUCCUUUGCAGACACACUCAUUGCAUAUGCGACGAUGUGGUACCAGUAUGCCACCAGAGGAGAUGACGGUUCUCUUUACGUAGACACAUUAGUGGAUCAGCUACGACAAAAUGGUCAUAAGGAGAGUAUUGAAAACGUCCUACAACGAGUACACUACAACGUCAACAUGGUUUCCCUCCUGUACAAUGAAGAGGGGCAAGACAUUAAGUGGAAGCAGGCACCUUUCUUUGAGUCCUCCCUUCAAAAGGUGUUCAUUUUCCCUAAACCAGCGGAGUAGAGGGAGAAAGAUGGUUAUUAUCUGAGUCCUUGGUAUUAGUUUUUUUGUUUUUUUUGUGUGUGUUUGUUAUGAUUUGUUUGGUGUUUUUUUAUUUAAUGAAGUGUUUGAUUUGUUUGUUAGGAAACGUUUGAUUUGUUCUAUUUUUAUGUUUAAUUUAUUUGGUAUGAAUUGCUUAAUUUAUGAGUUGUGAACUGGUUACGUCAUUUGGUAUGUACUAUCUAUGUAACUUCUUACGCAGUUGGACAUACUCAUGUGUUCCUGGUUGAUUAUGCCAAAGACUUUAAGAUUUUAAUUACAGCCAUAUGUAAUUCAAAGGGCAUAUAUAUAUAUAUAUAUAUAUAUAUAUAUAUAUAUAUAUAUAUAUAUAUAUAUAUGUGUGUGUGUGUGUGUGUGUAUGUGUAUGUGUAUGUGUAUGUGUAUGUGUAUGUGUAUGUGUAUGUGUAUGUGUGUGUGUGUGUGUGUGUGUGUGUGUAAAUGAAUAAAUAAAAACUAGUAAUGACAAAAAAUACAUAUAUUUUAUCAGUGAAAUAUUAUAUACUGUGAAAAAAUCCUAGUUUUCGCCACGCGAUUAUUCUGAAAACAAAUGAAAUAAGUGUAAAUAAAUAUUCGAAAUACAAACAAAUGUUUUGAAUUCUGACUUAAACUAACACCGACAUAUCCUGAAAAUAAGUGAAUUUGCUGAAGAGAAAUGAAGGAGACUAGACGAUGAAAAUAUAAAGGGAAAAAAAAGAGGAUACGAGAAUAAAUAGAAAGAAAAUAAAGUGAUGGAAAGGGAAGGGAAAGGUAAAUAAAGAGAAAAGGACGAAAAGAUAUGAUAAUACAUUAGAAGGGAGGAGAAAUGAAUAAAGGCAGAGGAAGGUGAAGGAAAGAAAUAAGAGAGAGAGAAAAAAAUAUAUUGGAGGAUAAGAUACAAGAAGAAAAUGAAAUAUAAUAAGUGGGGCGAACGAAGGAAAAAAAGAGAAUAAAGAUUACAAGAUGAGAUAAGAUAAUAAACAAAAGAAGGAAACGCGUUGGGAAGGAAAGUGAAAGAGGAGAUAAAUGAACAAAAUGAGAAGAUAAGAUGAUAGAUAAGACCGUGGAAAUAAUAAUAACAAUGAUAAUGAUAAUGAUUAAGAUGUGAUGGUAAUAAUGAUAAUAAUGAUAAUAAUAAUGAUAAUAACAAUAAUAGUAAUAAUAAUAAUAAUAAUAAUGAUAAUAAUAAUAAUAAUGAUAAUAAUA